UCUCAGAGGUGGGCUGGCUUCUCCUCCCCCUCUUACCAAGUCCUCCUCGGGUUAGGGUUCCUUAGGGUUUUGUGGAGGGGCGAUGGCGGCGGCUGAUGUGGAGUACCGUUGCUUCGUCGGCGGGCUUGCCUGGGCCACCAGCAACGAGUCGCUGGAGAAUGCCUUCGCCUCCUACGGCGAGAUCCUCGACUCCAAGGUCAUCACCGACCGGGAGACGGGGAGGUCCCGCGGCUUCGGCUUCGUUACCUUCUCCUCCGAGAACUCCAUGCUCGACGCUAUCGAGAACAUGAACGGCAAGGAGCUCGACGGCCGUAACAUCACCGUUAACCAGGCCCAGUCCCGUGGCGGUGGCGGUGGCGGCGGUGGCUACGGCGGCGGUCGCGGCGGCGGCGGCGGUUAUGGUGGCGGGCGCCGUGACGGCGGUUAUGGCGGCGGUGGCGGCUACGGCGGUCGGCGCGAAGGUGGCGGCGGCGGCUACGGAGGCGGUGGCGGCUACGGCGGUCGGCGCGAGGGUGGCGGUGGCGGCUACGGCGGCGGUGGCGGCGGCGGCUGGAGGGACUGAUGUGUGGGCCCAUCCUGGCUUCGGCCGAGUUAUCUUAUCUAUCUAUAGUAUCGUGUUACCGUUCGCUUCUGUCACCGUGUUAGUGUCCGUUCUACCUUUGGAUUAGGUGUUGGUACCCUGUUGUUCGCUUUGGUUGCUCCCGCUAUGAAACGAGACGAGAGAAGAAUGAGCAAGGUUUUUGUUCGC